GCAUGGCUUUCUGAUGGUACUGUAGUAGGCUAGGCAAGCGCUAGCUAGUAAAACCAAUUGGGAACCAGAUAAAUCUAUGGGAGCUGUCUUAGGUAUUGUGUCACCAUACACUACUUGACGUUGAAGCUAUGGCGGAGUGUUUUUUUCGAUUAAGCAUGUUUAAACUUGGAUGGCGAGCUCUGAAAUGUAGCAAAACAUCGCUAAACGGCUCAGUCCGGUUAGUACAGAGUCGGCGUUAUAGCAACCACAAUCCCAACUUUUUUGGUCUUCUUUUCGACAUUGAUGGGGUCCUGGUCCGUGGAAGAACGCCCAUUCCUGCAGCAAAGCAGUGCUUUAGAAACUUGGUUGAUGGAAAUGGAAAAUACAGGGUUCCUGUGGUCUUUGUGACUAAUGCUGGGAACUGUUUACGGCAGACAAAAGCUGAACAAUUAUCUCAUCUUCUGGAAGUGGAAGUGUCACCUGACCAGGUUAUGUUGUCCCACAGUCCUUUGCGAGUCUUCAGUCAGUUCCAUAACGUGUGUGUGUUGGUGUCUGGGCAGGGACCUGUCUUGGAGCUUGCAUACAAUUUGGGUUUUCAAAAUGUUGUAACCAUAGAUAUGUUGCGAGAAGCAUACCCACUUCUGGAUGUGGUGGAUCACCAUCGCAGACCCAAAUAUGUGGUCCCUUCUUCCAAGGAAUUGCCACCAAUUGAAGCUGUCAUUCUCUUUGGUGAGCCAAUAAGGUGGGAGACAAACCUACAGCUCAUUGCAGAUGUUCUCUUGACUAAUGGAAGGCCAGGAAAUGCUGUGACAUCACUGCAUUACCCGCAUAUCCCUGUGUUGGCCUGCAACAUGGACCUGUUGUGGAUGGCAGAGGCAAAGAACCCACGAUUCGGACAUGGAAUGUUCUUAUUGUGUCUGGAGAGCCUCUACAAGAAAAUCACAGGCUAUGACCUGCAGUAUGAAGCUCUGAUAGGAAAGCCAAGUUUGGUAACAUAUAACUAUGCUGAGCUGCUGGUGAGACAACAGGCAGAGAAUUUGGGCUGGAAAGAACCUGUCCAAAGACUUUAUGCCAUUGGGGACAACCCCAUGGCUGACAUUUAUGGUGCCAAUCUCUAUAACCGCUACCUGCAGUCAACGCACGAUAAAAGGGCCAAGGUACAGGCUCAAGGCAGCUCAGCUGGUCAGAUAGCAGGUGAUAUCCAGUAUGAAGCAGCUGACGAUGCUAAAAGCUCAGGGAAGGUGAUGGUCGGGGGCUCAUUUGAGCACUGUCUGCCUGAGGGCUGCAUCUCCAUCCUGGUCUGCACAGGUGUUUACAACCGAGACCAGCAGGAUCUUUCUCCCGAUCAGACAGUUACGGAGCAGCGCAACUUCCAUGGACAUCGGGACUUCAGCUUUGAUCCCAGCCUGACCCAGCCCUCCUUCGUGGUUCAGGAUGUACGGGAGGCCGUUGAACUAGUCUUUCAGCAAGAGGGCUGGGCUUUGGAAUAGACCAGGGGCUCUUAAUGCCCCUACUAACUGAGACUUAUACAAGGCCAGGUGGAGUAUGUCACACCCUGGAGGGCUGUGCAAGUCAAACUUUGCACAUGAAGAAAGGCAGUGCACCUCAAAGUCUACUAAUACUUAGUAUGGAAAUAACUUAUAAAUGAAAGUACAUACAAAUGAGUAGAAUUUGAGAGAAGUAUACAACAUCAAAUAAACUGAAAUGCUAGGAUUUUAUAUAGUUCAUAGUUUUAUAUUUCAUAGUGUUGAUGAAGCCCAAACAGUUGGUGAUGAAGGAAGGAAAAAAACUGAGAGGUCCUUGUGUAAACUUGAUGUAACAGUUUUGAAUUUGCCUUAUUUGGUUUAUGUAAUUGGUAACAUUUUGAUUGGUUCAAUUUUAAUUGGUCAUCAGGUUUGUCAUUCUACUUAUCUGACUUUUUAAAAUAAGCAUUGUAAUAUCUUAUACACUAGUGUAAGACUGCAAAUGUAUUUUAUAAUGCAUGUUUCAUUUAGAGUUUUUAAAAGAAAUGCAUUUCUUAUAAAUGUUUAACUUUUUAUUUUUGCCAGUUCCUGUUUUUAAAGUGGGGAUUGUUCUUGCUUACAUUUAUGUAAAAUAAAUGCUUAAUAGUGUGAA